CUGCAGCCGGUCGCUUUUGAAGGUGGAGGAGGAAGAUGGCGACCAUGUCGGUCCUUCUCGGCUAUAAGUACCCAGCUACUGCCACAUUAGCUCUUUUUUCCCUUCUUUCCUUUUCUCUUCAUUGCAGCUCCUCCGCCGCGCCGCGCCCGCGCAGCCCUCUGAUUCUUCUCCCUUCGAUCUCAUUUACCUUCUCGACAUACUAGAUCCACGCAGGAUUUUCUGUGAGAAUGAUCGAGGAAAUGGAGGGGACGGACGAAGAGGGUCUCUGGCGAGUCGAGCCGCUCUGCUCCGUCGCGGAGCUCGACGACUUCGAGCACCUGUCACGGUUGCUCGAUCGGCCGAGGAUUAAGAUAGAGCGCAAGCUGUCAUUCGACGAGCGGUCGUUGAGCGAGCUCUCGGGCAAUCUUCGGCUGGUUGACGACAUGUACUCCCCUGCUGUUGGUAGGUCAGUUUUGGACACACCAGCCUCAUCGGCUCGAGACUGGUUUGAGCCGCAUGGUCCACAUCCGAUGAUCGCAGAGGCAUGGGAUGCUCUCCGAAGGUCCAUUGUGCUCUUCCGUCGGCAGCCUGUUGGAACCAUGGCUGCCAUCGAACACGCCUCGGAGGAAGUCCUUAACUAUGACCAGGUCUUUGUGCGUGAUUUUGUGCCAAGUGCUUUGGCUUUUCUAAUGAAUGGUGAACCCGAUAUAGUUAAAAACUUUCUGUUGAAGACGCUCCUCCUCCAGAGCUGGGAAAAGAAAAUUGAUCGCUUCAAACUUGGGGAAGGGGUCUUACCAGCAAGCUUCAAGGUGAACCAUGACCCUGCUAGGAAAAGUGAGACUCUAAUAGCAGAUUUUGGUGGGAGUGCAAUUGGUAGGGUUGCACCUGUUGAUUCUGGAUUUUGGUGGAUUAUUCUUCUUCGAGCCUAUACAAAAUCUACUGGAGAUUUAUCUUUAGCAGAAACACCAGAAUGCCAGAGAGGGAUGAGGCUUAUUUUAUCUUUAUGUCUCUCUGAGGGCUUUGACACAUUCCCUACCUUACUAUGUGCCGAUGGGUGCUCCAUGAUAGAUCGUAGGAUGGGUGUAUAUGGUUAUCCCAUAGAAAUCCAAUCCCUCUUUUUCAUGGCACUGAGAUGUGCACUAGCAAUGCUCAAACCUGAUGCAGAAGGUGAGGAAUUUAUAGAGAGAAUAGUACAGCGUUUGCGCGCCUUAGGUUAUCACAUGAGAAGUUAUUUUUGGCUGGACUUCCAACAGUUAAAUGAUAUAUACUGCUACAAGACUGAAGAGUACUCUCAUACGGCUGUCAAUAAGUUCAAUGUCAUUCCUGAUUCAAUCCCAGAUUGGAUAUUCGAUUUCAUGCCGUCUCGCGGCGGUUACUUUGUCGGAAAUGUUAGCCCUGCGAGAAUGGACUUCAGAUGGUUUGCCCUUGGUAACUGCAUUGCCAUAUUAUCAUCCCUUGCUACACCAGAGCAAUCAGUUGCAAUUAUGGAUCUCAUCGAAGGGAGAUGGGAGGAACUAGUUGGUGAAAUGCCCUUAAAGAUAGCUUAUCCUGCUUUAGAAGGUCAUGAAUGGAGAAGUGUGACAGGAUGCGAUCCUAAAAACACGAGAUGGAGUUAUCAUAACGGUGGAUCUUGGCCAGUGCUUCUAUGGCUACUCACUGCAGCCUGUAUCAAGACCGGCAGGCCACAGAUUGCAAGGAAGGCCAUUGACCUUGCGGAGAGCAGGUUGUCGAAAGACGGCUGGCCGGAAUACUACGACGGAAAGCUUGGAAGAUACAUCGGCAAGCAAGCGAGGAAGUAUCAGACAUGGUCUAUCGCCGGCUACUUGGUGGCAAAAAUGAUGCUCGAAGACCCCUCUCACCUUGGAAUGAUCUCCCUUGAAGAGGAGAAGGGGAAGAAGCGCGUGAUAAAGAGGUCAGCUUCAUGGACUGCAUGAGACUCACUCAACUAAGUGGCACCAGAUGCAGGGCUGCUCACGCCUUAUUAAUUUGUUUGAGUUUAUUCCAAAUACAAUUCAU